AUGUCCGAUCCUGAGACCAUUGUCAUUAUAGGAGCCGGCGUGAUAGGUCUGUCGACUGCAUUAUGUGUUCAACAAUCACUAAGUCCCGCGCAGUCUGUGCUCUUAAUAGCUAGGGACUUCCCAUCCGACACCUCCAUUAACUAUGCCUCCCCGUGGGCCGGAGCGCAUUAUCGGCCCGUCCCGGGGUCCUCACCACAGGCGCUCCGUGAGGCAGGUCAGGCACAGCGAACAUACGAGUUCAUGAAGCGAGUCGCCGCUGAUGAGCCGGGCGCGGGCGUCAGAUUCAUCCAGGGCGUUGAGCACCUCGAAGCUCCGCCAAAUGAGUACCUGGACGCGCAAAGCGUGCGAAAUGUAUAUGAGCAUCUUGAUGAAUUCCGCCAUCUUACGAGUGGCGAGAUGCCCGAGGGCGUGAAGUGGGGUGUUCAAUAUGGAACUUAUGUGGUCAACUCUCCGGUUUACUGUGCACAUAUGCUACGUAAGUUUGUUUUGAAGGGCGGGGACACAAAGCAAUAUAAUCUUGCGAAUAUCAAGGAGGCAUUUUCUCUGGCUUCGAACGUAAGCACUGUGGUCAAUUGUUCCGGGGUUGGCUUUGAGGAUCCAAAAUCAUUUAUUAUCAGAGGUCAAACCUGUCUCGUUCGAAACCCUGUGUCGGAGACCAUUACUCGCCAAAAUGAGGAUGGAUCCUGGUCAUUUUGCAUUCCACGUCCAUUGGACGGUGGGACAAUCAUUGGUGGGACGAAGGAGCCUCAUGAUUGGAACCCCCAUCCCUCCAUGGAGACCCGCGCAAGACUUCUUGCCAACGCAACGAAAUGGUUCCCGUUCCAACCGGAAAGUGAUGGCCAGUUUGAUGUGGUUCGUGAUAUAGUCGGACGACGACCUGCUCGUGAAGGCGGGAUGCGAAUUGAAGUCGAGGAGCUCGGGGACGGGAAGCGGGUCGUUCAUGCCUAUGGUGCUGGUGGACGUGGCUUUGAGCUCUCGCGAGGUGUCGCCGAGGAUACCGCAGCAUUGAUGCUGGAACAGGGAAUUCUGCGAGAGAAGGCAGCGCUGUAA